AAUUAAGAAAAAGAAAAAAAAAAACAGAGAAAGAAGAAAAAUGGAUGCCGGCGGCGCGCCGGCGGCGCAGACUUCGGAGGAGGCGGCGACCCCGCCGUACGGCUCUGUGGUCCUCGGCGGCACCUUCGACCGCCUCCAUGACGGCCACCGUUGCCUUCUCAAGGCGUCGGCGGAUUUGACGAGGGACCGGAUCGUGGUGGGCGUCUGCACGGGCCCUAUGCUCACCAAGAAGGAGUAUGCCGAGCUGAUUGAGCCCGUAGAGAAGCGGAUCAAGGCCGUGGAGGAUUACAUCAAGUCUAUAAAACCAGAACUGACAGUACAAGUGGAGCCUAUUGAGGAUCCUUAUGGCCCUUCCAUCACUGAUGAUAAGUUGGAUGCCAUCAUUGUCAGUAAGGAGACACUAAAUGGUGGACUUGCUGUAAAUAGAAAAAGAGAAGAAAAAGGGUUUCCACUGUUGAAGGUUGAGGUUGUUGAUCUCCUUUCUGGAGGUGUGGAGGGGGAGAAACUGAGUUCAUCUGCUUUAAGGAAGCUCGAGGCAGAGCAAGCUGAACAAAGUGAAGCAAGCACUGCUAGCCAUGAAGCUUCUUAAGCAAUACUUGAAUUUGAACAGAUGAAUGCACAAAUGCGGGGUGAGCUGCUCCAAGAUCGCCGUCAGCAAAAAAUUAAUAAGAGUUCACAGUUUGGUUACAUUCAGAAGGCAAUGCCCAUGACCCUGUAACACUAUUACUCUUUAACUUUACAAAAUCAACCUGGCAACAUGGACUCUUUCUACUAACCUAAUUUACAGAUUUUAUAUGGGCAUUGCCUUCUGAAUGUAAAGAAAAAGGAAAUACCCUUGGUGGUUUCGCCAAUAGUGGCAAAAGUACAAAGGAAUAUGGUCCCCUGGUGUCAUGUACUCAUGUGGUGUGUACUCCACUUCAGAAGAACUCAUGCAGAAUUAAUAAUAAUAAUAAUUCUCUUGCUUCUCUU